GGGACUCGGGACUCCGGCAGCAUCUCAGGUUCGAUCCAGAUAGAUUCGCUGGCGAGCGGGGUUGCGGGACGGGAGAAACAGAGUUCGAUCUCCACUGUCGAUUCUACACGCAUGCGCAUGGUUGUCGGAGGGAUCUGUGCAGAGGGGAGGGGACCGGGGGCCUCGACCACGUUCGCAGUGCGAGGGGAAAUCGAGCUCUUAAAAGUAUCGAUCGGAAGAGCGAGCGCUGGGAGGGUGUGUGAGUUUCGAUCUUGGACGAGAUGAUGGAAAAUUCGAGCACUAGAGUUCAGCACAGUAUGUGGGAGUGCACUAAAUCGGAGUAUGGAAUUCACGGCAAGUGGAUGUUUGACUGAGACGGAUGCUCAUUGUGUUGGGCUGGACUGGUGAAAAUGGGUGUAGCUAAGAGGAGAAGGGAAGUCUCAGCGAUGGAUCGGUGCAUCCAUUUUCCUCCUUUCCUCAUUCAUGUCGCGCUGGUCCUGAGUGUCGGGUGGAUCGCCUCUCUCUGGAGCUUCAACUUACCCUUCGUCUUCACCGUUGGAUUCGCCUAUUUAUACUAUGUCGAAGGAAGAAUGAAAGCAAAGUUUGAGAGCAGGAUCAGGAGCGAUGAAAGGAAAUUCCACGACCGGAAGCGGCUGUUGUCGGAUGCGGAGACCGCUCGAUGGCUCAAUUCCUCGGUCGAAGCCGUUUGGCCUAUUUUUAUGGAGAAAUUCGCUUCUCAGAGAUUUCUCAUGCCAAUAGCUCCUUGGUUCCUGGAGAAGUACAAACCGGGGAUAACUAAAAAAGUUGUUUUGGAGAAAAUAUGUCUGGGGAGAAAUCCCCCAGUUUUUACGAUGCUGCGUUGUGGACGCAAUCCUACAGACGGAGAUCACUUGGUGCUGGAGAUGGGUAUGAUGUUUGUGGCGGCAGGAGAUAUGAGUGCAGUCAUUGCAGUUCAAAUGAAGAAGCGAGUUGGGUUCGGCAUUUGGACUUCUUUGAAUAUCUCAAAUGUACAGAUUGAAGGAAAGCUCCGCGUGGGAGUGAGGUUUACCUCAGGAUGGCCCGUGGUUGAGCGUUUACGAGUCUCUUUUUCAGAGGCUCCAAUUCUCCAAAUGACUGCCAAACCUAUAUUCAAUUACGGUAUUGACGUAACUGAUCUUCCUGGAGUUGCGGGCUGGGUGGAUAAAAUGAUUGCCGAUGCACUGGAGCAAUCGCUUGUUGAGCCAAAUAUGCUCGUUGUUGAUGUGAAAAACCUCGUGGGCAGCAUGAUGUCUGUAAGUGCAAUGGUGCAGCCUACCAGCGGUGCAGGUCUAGACAGUCCCGGCGAUUGUUUUUCUGUAAUGAAUCCGAAAUUGCCUCAAGUAGGAACAUUGAGGGUUGAGAUAAUAGACGGAAAGAAGAUGAAGCCUUCAGAUCCAAACGGUAAAGCAGAUCCCUAUGUAAAGCUUCAGCUAGGUUCCACAAAAUAUACGACUAGUAUUAAACACAAAACCCUUCAACCAGCGUGGCAUGAGACUUUUGAAUUCCCUAUCCACAGCUGGGACCAGCCUAACAAGCUCCUGCUGCGUGUGCUGGAUAAGGACAGAUUCGGCCACGAUGAUAACAUGGGCUUCGCGGAGAUCGAUUGUCAGUCAUUCCACGAUGAACAGAGACAUGAGAUGGAGUUAAUCCUCGACAAAGUGAAAACCGGACAGCUUCGUGUAGCCAUCGUUUAUAUUCCAGGCGCAGAAAAGGAUUCGACGGUCCUCGACACUCCGCAAAGUUUCAAUCCAGAAAUUGAUUCUUCAUCAGUGGGGAGAAAGCUUAAAAGUUCUGAUCCUUUCAAAGGUGCACCAGAUAGCCAAACACAAGUUCACGAUGAAGAGAUAUCAGAGACAGACGAGGAGGAAUGUUCCGUUAAGUGCGACACCCAGAUCGUGGAUGUUGGAUACGGGAAACCAGGGGCAGUGUCCAUCGUCACCCCUGGUAAAGGCGAGGUGAAGGAGGCUACAAGUUCUGAACGUCUUCGUCGCCGGAGGAAACUUGCGGUCAAAAAAGCUGAAAAGAUGGCCCACAACCUAGCUCAUCCUUCGAGUCCUUCAGGUGUUGCAGAUGAAAGCAGAAGAUCUAGACUGAAGACUUUCUUCGGGGUGAAGGGAAAACAUCCGUCUUCAUCGGAUUCUUCUGGAGAAUUGGUUGUUAUUGCUCACUCUGACAGGGGCACGGUAGUGCAAACGACAGUGGAAGUGAAUGGUGAGGUGUGUAAUGUUGAUAAGUCCGGUCACAUUGUUCCAAGCUCUGGCGAGCUUCUGCAAGGUAGUGACGAGGCUCUGGACGAGGUCGCAUCGCACAAAGGUGGCAGGAACAAAGUGCAAAAAAUUAUUCAUAAAAUUGGCAGGAAGGCUACCAACGUUACUUCUGCCAUUGCGAAAAUGAGGAGUCCAUCAGGCAAGAAGCUGAGUCCUUCAGGAAAGAAUCUUGAGGAGCAACUCGCAAUUAAAGGGCACGAUGAGACGCAUGAUGUCGCGAAGACUCCAACCACUGGGGAGCCGACGGGAGAUAAGAAGGUGAUCUUGCAACAUGAAUCUCCGUCGAACACACAGGCACAAUCAAUGACAGUGACUGUUGCCGAAACUGGUGACGAGACUGAUAUCUCUGAAGCAGAAACAGGUAAAUGCCACCGAUCUCGAGACAGCUUCUCCCCUUCAGCACGUUCAGAUACUCCUGAUCAACAUUUCCCAAGUAACGGUCACCCAGACCCUCCGAGAGAGGAUGAUAACGUUCAGGCAAAGAGUAUUCCCACCUCCACAUCAGCUGCUGCUGAAGAGAGUUCCCUUGACACUGCGACUAUUGCUGCACCAGAUUUAUCUCUUGGAUCCAAAAACUCUGCACUGGAGGAUGAUAUUUUCAUGAGUUUGCGUACGAAAGAUGAUCAUAAUGAUGAUGGCCUUGAUAUUGAUAAUCGUGUUGUUUUACCAUCAUGUGAGGAACUCGGGAAGGAUUGCCAUACCACAGUUAUUAGCUCACGACUGGUCUCCGAGGGUACGGCUGAGGGUAACUCAGAUUCUACAUCCUUAGCACCCGCAGAUAAUCAGACUGAGGUUGAACUCCAUCCUGCAGCACCACAAAGAUCUGGUGAGGAGCGACCCGUCGGCAAUAGCCCCGCCCAUACUAGCUUGGCAAAUCAAAGCACAGACCACACGCAUAUUUCAGAAGAAAAUACACCUCUCCACUCCCCGUCUGACCCCGGUUAUGUUGACACUGCUUUCACCACCGACACGACUCCUUCGACACCUCCGACUAGACCCCCACCUCCUUCCCCUGAACUUGGAGGGAGCACCUCAAGUUAGAUUGACUGCAAAAGUUCCGAGGGAAUCAAACGC